CGUGUCAGUUCUCCUGUCGGCCGGGCUGAAGAGGACGAAAGUGACCCAGUGGACAUUAGUGCAUAUACAAACAUGCGUGCCUUACAAGUAUUCGCAUUCGUCGCAGCCUGCGCCGCUGCUAGCGCUGGUUACAUAGGCCACUCUGGCUACGGCGGCCAUGGUGGCUACGCUGGCUACGGGGGCCAUGGUGGCUACGGGGGCUACAGUGGGCUAGGUGGCUACGGCGGCUAUAGUGGCUACGGAGGUUACGAAGGCCCCGGGGGCCACGGGGGCCACGGGGGCUACGCUGUGGCGCACGAUGAUGGCCACCACGGAGACUAUCAUGCCCAUCCCAAAUAUGCGUUCGAUUACUCCGUGAAGGACCCUCACACCGGCGACCACAAGACCCAGUGGGAAACGCGCGAUGGUGAUGUUGUUAAAGGCGCAUACUCUCUCGCCGAACCCGAUGGCACCACCCGCAUCGUAGAAUACACCGCUGACAAGCACAAUGGCUUCAACGCAGUAGUCAAGCGCAUCGGCCACGCUCACCAUCCGCAGGUGUACGGUCACGACACACACGAUUACUACGGAUACCACUAGGUGGCGCUGAAAUCAAACGUCCGCUUUACCAAAUAGUAACGAUGGAGUAAUAGAUGGCGUUAAGAGUAUUUAAAUAGGCACUCGAGAUACCUUUUGAGAAUUGACGUUCUGUGAUAUAAACUGGAUUUUCUAUGAUUUUCCAGUAAAUACAGGUGUCAGAAAUAUAAAAUCUUGUAAGAUUAACGAAAAAUGUUCAUCAUUUUAAAUGCGUUGUGGCACAAAGAGACACCUGAUUGCACUUGCCUUUAAAGUUUCAUUUUAUUUAUUUAUCUUUUAUUAGUCUGAUUUGUUAUUUAUGAUUUAGUUAACGAUUCGAAAUUUCUCAUAUCUAUAUAAUAUUGUGUCCGUUUUACAAAAUUUACUCAUUAUUUUAUGUAAGUAUAACUUAUCAUUUGUACCAUUAUCAGAAGGAAUUUCAUACACAUAAUCAGAAACCGUUAUUAUUAUCUAUAUUUAAUAAUGUUUGCAUGAUGUAUGAUGUGGUAUGAGAUAAAUGUUGUUUUAUACAUCUUGAUUAAAGAAAAAAGUAAUAAAUCGUUUAAACGAUAAA